AUGUCGGCUUCGGGUCCCAUAAGCAACUAUUAUGUAGAUUCCUUGAUAAGUCAUGAAAAUGAAGAGCUGUUGGCAUCAAGGUUCCCAGCCACUGGCUCUCACCCUGCAGCAGCUAGACCUUCAGGAUUAGUACCGGACUGUGCCGAUUUUCCAUCCUGCAGUUUUGCCCCUAAACCGGCCGUUUUUACUACUUCCUGGGCUCCCGUGCAUUCUCAGUCUUCUGUGGUUUACCAUCCGUAUACCCACCAGCCUCACAUUGGGGCUGACACCAGGUAUAUGCGCACUUGGUUGGAACCCAUCUCAGGCGCGGUGUCCUUCCCUGGCUUCCCACCCAGCAGCAGGCAUUACGGGCUCAAGCCGGACGCUUUCCCCGGCCGAAGGGCGGAAUGUGGCCCGGUGGACGGGCGUAGUUAUCCGGAUUACAUGUACGGAUCCCCGGGUGAUCUCAGAGACCGAACUCCGCAGACUAUACCCUCUCCGGAAUCGGAGGCAGUCGCUUCGAGCAAACACAAAGAAGAAAAGAACGAAUUAGACCCUAGCAAUCCCGUGGCAAAUUGGAUUCACGCACGUUCCACAAGGAAGAAAAGAUGUCCUUAUACAAAGUAUCAGACCCUGGAACUGGAAAAAGAGUUUUUAUUCAAUAUGUACCUCACACGGGACCGGAGGUACGAAGUAGCCAGAGUUCUUAAUCUCACUGAACGCCAAGUCAAAAUCUGGUUUCAGAACAGGAGAAUGAAAAUGAAGAAAAUGAAUAAAGAAAAAACCGAUAAAGAACAGCAAUAAAGUUGGCAAAGUCAAAUCAAUGCAAGAGAAAGGAGGAGAGGGGAGGGAGGAAGGAGAUGCAGUUUCUUUGGUUCGAAAUGUUCUGACUUUGAAUGUGCUGAUCAGUGUUUAGAAUUAGUUAAACACAGCCAAGCGUUUGGGAGCACCAGGCUUUUAUAAAAUGCAACUAAAAUAAAAUGAUUUGUUUUGUCCUUUUCAGAAAACAAAAAAGAAAAGUACUUGAAUUUUUUUUUUAGUAUUUUAUUUCGUAAGUUAAACUUAUCCAGUGUUUUAUUUUUUUUAAGUUCAUGACUUUGUGAGUGCAUAUUUUGUACAAAAGAAAAUGAGGAAAAAAAAGGCUCAAAAAUGUUCUGUCAUAGUGUUGGUCUGGUGUACUUAUUUGUGUAUUUUAUUCCUGUCUCAGACCCGUUC